AUGGGUGGCAUUCUUCAUUUGGUCGAGGACCGGCCAACGCCAAGAUCGGUUUACAACUGGAGGGUUUACGUCCUCGCUCUCAUCGCAUCAUGUGGCUCCAACAUGAUCGGCUACACAAGUGCCUUCAUUGGUACUACUAUCACCCUCACAUCCUUCAAGUCAGAGUUCGGCAUAGAUAAGUUGUCCUCAGAUGCACAAGACUUGAUCAGUGAAAAUGUGGUGUCUCUCUUCGUUGCCGGUGCCUUCUUCGGUGCCAUUUUCACCUACGCUCUCAGCCACUGGGUUGGCCGGAAAUACUGCCUGGCGAUCGCUUCUGCAACCUUUAUUUUGGGAUCCGGUCUGCAGUGUGGUGCCAAUGGCAACCGUGGUCUAGGAAUUCAAUACGCUGGACGUGUGUUGACUGGACUCGGUACUGGUGUCGCUUCUAACAUCGUUCCCAUCUACCUGUCUGAGUUGGCACCGCCCGCUAUUCGAGACCGUCUCGUCAGUCUAUAUGAGCUGGGGUGGCAGAUCGGUGGUAUGGUGGGCUUCUGGAUCAACUACGGUGUUGAGCAGACUUUGCCUGAGGACCAUAAGCAAUGGAUCAUUCCAUUUGCCAUCCAGAUCAUCCCGGCCGGUAUGCUUUUCGCUGGUUCCUUGUGGAUCCGGGAAUCCCCUCGCUGGCUUUUCCUCCACGACCGCCGAAGGCAGGCCAUGAAGAACCUCUGCUGGAUCCGUCAAUUGGAGGCGUCAUAUAUCUACAUCACCGAAGAAGUGGCCGCUAUUGACCCGGCCCACGAACACCAGAAGGCUACUGUCGGCCUUGGAUUCUGGAAGCCUUUCAAGGCCCUCGGAGCUCGCCCCAACAUGAUGUGGCGUUUGUUCCUCGGGUGCAUGCUCUUCUUCUGGCAGAACGGAUCUGGUAUCAACGCCAUCAACUACUACUCGCCCACUAUCUUUUCUAGCAUCGGUGUGCAAUCUAACACGGUGAAGAUCCUCACUGGUGUCUUCGGUGUGGUCAAGGCCAUUAUGACGUUCGUUUGGUUGCUGUUCCUAGUCGAUCAACUCGGAAGGCGGAAGCUUCUUCUUAUCGGUGGUAUCACCGGCUCCGUCUGCAUGUGGAUCAUUGGUGCAUACAUCUAUGUGGUGGAACCCACGAAACACCCUAGCGACCACCUGAACGGCGGUGGCAUUGCUGCCAUUGUCUUCUUCUACCUGUGGACUGCUGUCUACACCCCCACCUGGAAUGGCACCCCGUGGGUCAUCAACUCCGAAUUCUUCGAGCCCAGUUUCCGUUCGCUGGCCCAGGCGUGCACAACAGCCAGUAAUUGGCUCUUCAACUUCCUCGUCUCUCGCUUCACCGAACAAAUGUUCCAAGCCAUGGGAUACGGAGUGUACUUCUUCUUCGCUUCGCUGUCAUUCCUCGCCUUCUUCUUCGCUUUCUUCCUCAUUCCCGAGACCAGUGGUAUCCCUCUUGAGAAGGUUGAGCCCGGUUGUUCAAGAUCAAGCCGGUCUGGAGCGCCAACAAGAAGCUCAAGGGAAGAGGAGGAACAGUUCCGAUUCGAUGUUAAGGAACAUACGGUUCACCAGGAGAACGAACAGGACGAGGAGAGCGCAUAG